AUGGCUGAGGGCGUAUAUAAGGCGAGAGCUCCUCACGCUAUGACAGCCUUUGAAAUGUAUUGUGACAACACCAACGUUCUUACGGAGAGUCUCUUCAUGUUCCUCAACAGCCUGCCUCCUGGAGCUUAUUUGGAAGAGACUCUAGAUCAGCCUCUAGACCUUUCUAUCAAACGUGCCUCCAACUACCAUGAUAGUGACUCUAACAGCAACAGCAGUAACAGCAGCGAUAGCAGCUAUGGCAACGAUGACCGCACUGACGAGGAUGCAGAGAAGAUUGAGGAUCUACAUCUCUACAACCUACUGCGCGAAAACUCAAGCAUUAAUGAAAUGCACCUGAAAAAUCGGAACACACCAGUUUUGUGGCAGUUUCUCCUCAUGUGUCUGAGUAAUAAUCAGUGCAAUCCGAGCCUAAUUGAAUGGAUCUCGAAGGAGAAUGUCACCUUCAAAUUGACAAAUGUCAAUGCUUUGGCAAACCUCUGGGGCCAGAUUAAAAAGCGACCAAGGAUGAAUGCCGAUCACUUCAAACGCUCUUUGAGAUCUUAUUACUCCCGGAAUAUAUUAAGGCGAAUUGAAGGCUACCCAGACACCUACCAGUUCAUUAUGUGA